AUGUCGUUGUUUCCACCGGAAUUCCUAGUCGCCAUGCUAUUAACGUUCAUGCAACUUCGUCUACGUUCGUACUUUAGUCUUGCGACAUGGUUUCUCAAUGGUUUAACUUUCUUUUUACCUCCUGAGGAUGAACUUAUUGCGAUACUUAAUAACCAGUCACGAAAAAGCUUCAAACCAGACAAAGGACCUCUGUAUGAGCCACUUAGUGCAGCCGAAAAGAUGGACAAGUUUUACGUUCGUGUGGCAAAGACAGAGCCGGGAGUUUUCAGUCAAACGCUCUUUUUUGAGCUGUACGAGAUGCUCGUUGUGCUCGUGUCUUCGAUCUCAGUGGGCUGCUGGAUGGGCAGUAUCGUGAGCUUUACGGCUUCGUGGUUUGCAGUAGCACAAGAUCAUGUGGAUGACAAGGUGGACAUGGCCAUGUACGGUCUCAUGUCGGCCAUGCUCGUGGCAAUUUGGUUUCCAUUGCAGCUAAAUUUUGUCCAAGGGUGGGGAGGCUACGAAGCUCGUUUGGGUCUUUGUGUUGGCUUUCUUGGACUCAUUGCAGCUGGAUUUAUCAUCCUAUCACCUAAGGGGAUGCUGGAUUUCGAUUUGGAAAUGGCAGCGCAACUUGCUGGAGAACGGCUGGCUCUGAUACUGCGAGCAGUGGGAUUCACAAACGCAGACUUUGUGAACAUUGCACCAUGGACAGAAAUGUCGCGAGUCGCACUUUUUUUCGUGUGUGCGUUGCUAGCGGGAAUUUUUACAUGCACAACUUUCCUGCCAUCAUUCAGGUUUGCACGGAUGUACUCGGUAAUGAUCAAAAGUAAGCAGUAUUCGAACGUGAAGAAAUUGCUUUUGCAUCUCAACAUGUUUUUCCCAGUAUUGAUCUGCAUACUGUGGGUGCCGCGAUUCUCGAAGAAUGUGUUGGUGCCUUUGGAGCUUGUAAAGUGCUCUCCGCGUGCACUGAGUCGGGAUUGCCUGCGAACUGAAGUGUUGGGACUGACGAAUGCGGCCUCGUCGGACAUUUGGAAGUGGUACAGUCUUGCAGAGUCUCAGUUCCAUAUGCUUCGUAUCUACGUGGUACUCGUGGCAUGUCUGGUGCGCUUGAUUUGUUUCCGUACGUACAUGCAGCACUUCCUGCUAGAGCCACGUGAGGCGAUGGCGUCGCUUGUGGGUCGCCCUGGCUUCGUGGAUGGUGCCCUGUUGCAGAGCAAGGUCCGUCUUCAGUUUAAUUACGUGCCGGUUAUCGCACUGCAGUACCUUGCGCCAGUGUGUGCGUUGCUGGCGUCAGCGCAGCUUUUGGUAAAGCAGACGGCGACGUCUCUUGGUGUUUUUCAUGGUGUUUCGUGGGUGCUGCAAAGUGUGAUGCCGAACGUCUCGAUUCCUGCUAGUCUCACGCCAGAAGGGUUAAACGCAGCCUCUUUGAAUGUGCUGCCGGACCCUACUGUGCUGCCAAACUUUGGCGGGUUUAAGCUUGGUGAUGACCUUAGCAAGGAGAAUGUGACGCCUUUUCUGCGUGGCAUGAGUGCGUUCCCCGUACUCACUGCAGAGUUCUACGAGGCAGCGCUGGGUUUCCUGAUCUGGUUCCUCAGCUUCACUAUGUUUGCCGUUAGCUUGGCAGGGUUGCUUUAUUGGCGUAACGUGGGAGCUCACGGCACUGUCGAUGUUGAAACAGCGGUGCGGCAGAAUAAGCAGACGCCCAAGACGCUAAAGAACCAGCUAAAGGGAUUGAAGCUGCACAAGAAGAACAAGUAG